ACUUUCCCUUAGCCUACACACUUUUGUGCAAAAAUUCCCUUCCAUUUGAAAAACAAUGGCUUCUAACACUCUCUACCUCAUUGCCAUCCUCUCCCUUACUAUUUCAGUCCUCUUAUCUUUGCAUCCUCAACCAACCUUCUCAUUCGUAAUGGAAGAUUUUGACGACGAAAAAGGAUACGUGCUCGAUCAUCCUGUCAUCAUUCCUAACAUUGGAUCGAGAAGCCGGUUCUUAAAGACCUCACCAAUGAAAGAUAAGAUCAGGAAAGGUGCACAUUGUGAGCCCGACCCUUCUCUAAACAUAUGCAAUGGCAUUUCCACAAACAACGGGACCAGCCUACUGUAUUGCUGCAAGACGCAUUGUCGUAACGUGCUCAGUGAUAGGAACAAUUGCGGAGAAUGCGGCAACCGAUGCAUGUUCGGGGAACGUUGCUGUGGUGGAGUUUGUACGGAUGUUGUUCACAAUGUUAACCACUGUGGCAAGUGUGACAAUCAGUGCUCGCCUGGGGUUCAGUGUGACUUUGGGUAUUGUGGUUAUGCUUAGAUUAAGUAUUAUUAUAAUGUUAUUUUAUCAAAAUAUAUUAGCAAAUUCAAACAGCUUUCCCUUGGGGCUGUUUUGAUUAUGAAUAUGACAUCGUUAUCUAUAUGUAUUUUGCUAUAAUGGGGGGAAGGAUCUAUAUAUAUAAUGUAGAUCAUAUAUAUAUAUGUAUAUAUUAUAUAUAGAUUACAUAUUUGGGUAAAUUCUUCUGUUAGUCCUUGUAUUUUGUGAAAGUUAUGGAUUUAGUCCUUAUACUUUAAUUUGAUCAA